ACCAUUUUUCCUUAUUUUUUGCGCAGUUUUUCUUCUGUUGUGUGUGAAGUGUGAAGAGAGGGGCGAUGAGUUCCUCUCCACAGCGUUCUCGCGGCGAUGGCGACAACAGACCUAGAUUCUUCGACUCUAAGACCAAGGCCAUCUGUUGGGCCAAGGCCGAUACUGUCUCCGGCCGCCACCCUGAGCGGUGGCGCAAAGACGCUGCCGGCAACAUUGUCUGCAAACGUUUCUUCAACUGCAUCGGUUGCCUCUGCUACGAGUACGAUCACAUCAUUCCCUUUUCCAAAGGUGGUGAGUCCACAGCGGAUAAUUGUCAAAUACUUCAAUCUAGGGUUAACAGAUUCAAAUCGGACAAAUAUCACGUUGAUUCCGAUCAAUUGAAAGACUACUCUUGUGAGGUUAAUUUUACUGAUAAGGAGCUUGAUAUAAUUGAGAUGGCUGUUUAUGGAGAUGUGUUGCGGCCAGGAAACCAAUGUCGUUGCAGAACUGUGGCUGAAAAACUUGGCAAAUUCAAAUCAAAAGAUGACACAGAUGCAUGUAAGUUGCCAUAGAAGGAUGAAUCUUUGUAGCAAGCAACUUUGCAACACACAUGCAUUCAUAGAAGGAUGAAUCUUUGUAGCAAGCAACUUUGCAACACACAUGCAUUGAGAAAAGGAGCUCCUACCACUCCCUUAUUUUUAGACAAGAUAGCAAUUCACUUUCUAUAAUUUGAUCUUGUGUGAGGAUUCACAUCUAAGUGGGUUGUUAAACACAUUCGAGGGUUCUAACUUCUUUAAAGUUAACUCUAAAGUAAGAAGAAAAAUAAAAGAUUCAUAUUUUCAA